AUGGCCACGAUCUGUCAUGACAAUUUGCCGUUCCAAGCCCAAGUGAACAAACGAACCGCUUUUUCCUUCUCCAACGCCACCGCGGGGGAGGAGCUUGGAUCGACAACAGGAGUCCAGGAUCCCGAGGCCGAGCUGGAGACGGACAUGGGCCAAUCCUCAACGAUGGAAUCUCAGCUCUACAAGCUCGCGCACCUCCCACGAGAGAAUCACUUUCAGAGCCGAGGAUUUCUUGUUUCUACAAAGUACUUGGGAAUCAGGCCAUGCAAUACCGAAAGACGAAGAAAGAAGAAGAAGAAGAAGCGGUUACACAGAAACCAGACUUCAUCUUGGAUCUCUGAUCGGCGGACGGAGCGAAACCCACAAAGCGCAGCAUGGACAUCAUUGAAGGGCACGGCAGAGGGAACGACGAAGCUGGAGCUGGAGCUGAAGCUGAAGCUAGAUCCGUCCACCGUCCACUCCAUCUCUUUGUCCUGCUCGUACGAAGUGCAUACCGGUGCUCGUACGAGUUAUAGCAGCACCAGUACGUACAGGUACUCGACGAGCACGAAGUUCGAGCACCACUUCUACUACUGGAAACUCCGGGGCAUGUGGCAGGGCCACCCAUUUCCCCAGCCGUUGAACAAGAUUUCCGGCUGGGGGUGUGUGCCUUGA